AUGGAUUCCUUCGCCAAGAUCAAGCGCCGCACGACGGACCUCAUGGAGAACGCCUCCAAGAACCUACCCACCAUGCCAAAGGGAGAUUCUUCUUGGAUCCCCAAGAUGCCCCAUAUGCCAAACCUGCCUCACUUCAAGUCCGAUGCAUCCAUGAAAGGUACCUGGCAGCACAUCUCACUCCCACCGCUGCCUCGCUCCUCCCACUCGCUCAAUGUCGUUGGCGGCUCUGCCUACAUCUUUGGCGGCGAGGUCGAACCCCGGAAACCCGUCGACAAUGACAUGCACGUUGUGACGCUGCCGAUGAGCGGUGCCCCCGCUGAUUACUACAACGUCAAGGCAAAGCCAACUCCAAAGACCCAGCAGCCGACUGCGCCGGAGCCCGCCCCAGUCGGCGCAGAGGAGGAGGAAUUCGCAACCCCCAUGACCGAGCUGAAGGAGCCUCUGGACGAGAUCCCUCUGGCAUCCCCGCAGCCCACCACCUCCGAUUCGGCCCCGGCGGUAGACAAGGGCAAGUCCCCCGACCUCUCCAACGCCGAAGUACCUUCCGCCCGAGUCGGCCACGCAACCGCCGUGAUUGGCACCCGCAUUUUCCUCUUUGGCGGCCGCAGCGCCGCCUCUGAGACGCUCGACGAACAGGGUCGCGUGUGGGUCUUCGAGACCAAGACCCACACCUGGGCCUACAUCGACCCGGCGGAGAACUCCCCCAUCUGCCCGGCCAGAUCCUACUUCGCGGCCGUGGCGACCGACAAGCCGCGCGACUUUGCCCUCAAGGGCUCCAGCAAGGUCAAAGAGUCCUGGAAGGAGUGGGCCGAGGGCGACAGCGCCGAGGUCGGCAUCCCGCAGAAGCCGAUCGCCGGCAACGUGGCGCUGAACGCGCAGGACGAGGAAGACGCGGGUUUCGGUACCUUCAUCGUGCAUGGUGGAUGUCUCAAGGACGGCGACAGGACUAAUGACAUCUGGGCCUUCGACGUCAGGAGCCGGAUCUGGAAGGAGCUGCCCGCCGCGCCGGGCAAGCCCAGAGGCGGAGCGGCGCUCGCCAUCGCGAAGAGCCGGCUGUACAGAUUCGGCGGGUUCGACGGCGAGGGCGAGAUUGGUGGCCAGCUGGACGUCCUGGAGCUGGGCAUCGAGGUGUUCAACGACCAGGUCAGCAAGGGGGAGAUCGGACUCUUUGCCCGAGGCGACUGGGUGACACUCACACCCCCGGCCGCAGAAGGUCAAGGCGAGACAGGAUCCCUCGUCACCGAGGAGUGGCCGGGUGCCAGAUCCGUGAGCGGUCUACACCUCGUUAUGGGUGGUGGCGGCCGUGAGUACCUAGCCCUGCUCCUCGGCGAGCAGUCGCCCUCCGGCGCAGGACACGACGGAGCCGGAAAGUUCUGGAGCGAUGUAUGGGUCUUCCAGGUCCCACCGAUCGGCAUGACUGCCGCGAGCUUCAAGGAUGCCUUCUUGCAGGCUACCGGCCGCAAGACGGGCGAGGGCAAAUGGACUAGAAUCGCCCUGGAGCCGUACGACGACGAGGUGGACGCAGACGCCCGAGGUCCUGGGCCGAGAGGCUGGUUCGCCAGUGACGCCAUGGGCGAUCUAGAGGAGGGCGGUGUCGUGCUGUUUGGCGGCAUUGAUGAGAACAACAAGAGACUGGGCGAUGGCUGGGUCUUCAGACUCGGUGAUGCCAAGGCCUGGACGAAUUAA